CUCUUUACUUUCCCUCCUAUCCCCUUUCCCCACCACCAUCAUCGGUGGGAGAGAAAAAAAAAAUAAAAAAUUAAACCACACACCAUAAUCCGCCAAAAUUUUAUAAAAAAUGUUCCCCAACUACAAUUUCAGCCACAACUUUAAGAUUCAUCAACCGUGAUUUCCCACAAUAUCAAGAAACGUGAAAUCAACAUGGGUUCAUCCAAGGAAAGAGAGAAUUCCCAAACCGAAUCACCACCAUCCACAAACGAAUCCUCGAGAAAGCACACGGAGCCGCCACCACCACCAACCGCCACUUACCCCAUGCAUCCACCACCGCACCCAAUGUAUUACCCUAGCCCCCAAGGGUACCCCCAAUAUCCACCCGGUUACCCACCCGGUUACUACCCUCAAACCGCCCCUUACUACGGUCCCCCUCCCACCUACCACACCUCUUCAGCCGGUACCCGGUGCUGCCGCAGCUUCAUCAUAUGUUCAUGCAUGAUCCUCACCUGCCUUUUUCUCAUGAGCCUCACCCUAGCCCUAGUGCUUCGUCCAGAACUACCCGCGUACAAGAUUGCAUCCUUGUCCGUGACAAAUUUCUCCACCACGCCAACCCUAGCUGGCGAAUGGGACGCAAAAGUGACCAUCGAAAACCCUAACGACAAACUCGUGGCUUAUUUUUCCCACUUGAAGGUGGACGUGGUGUACAAGGACGGUGUUGUGGCGGUUAACCACGCGCCAGGGUUUGUGUUGAACACGAAGGAGAAGGUGGACAUGGACGCCAAGGGCUCGUCGAACGGUGCGAAUGGGGACAUGGUUGGGAAGGCCACAAUGGAUGACUUGGUCAAAGAGAAAGGUAGUGGCUCCGUUACCUUCGGUUUGAGGGUGUCUUCCAUGAACAUGUUUAAGUCUGGCUCCAUUUCCACCAGGAGCGAAGAGAUAGUGGCCAUUUGUGAAGACUUGAAGGUUGUGUUUCAGAAUAAUGAUGCUGGGACAUUGGACAAUAAGGGAAAACCCAAUGAAUGCCAGGUGUAUAUUUGAAGGGGUUAUAUAAACUACCUUUUGUAUUUUGUGUUGGUAAUCAUUCUUUUUUAAUCGGUAUUUUUUUAAUAUAAUUUAUUUUUUAUUCAAAAUUAAAAUAUAAAUAAUUUGAUUAAAAAACACACAAAGCUAUCUUUUGUGUGCGUUUUGUUUUUUAUUUGAGAGGAAGAGAAUUGUUAUUAAUUUGUGUACAUAGUUGUAUUUAGUAGCGUUGUCUUGUUUGGGGAAUCUAGAUAGAAACAUGCUUUUCAGCCUUGCAGAUAUAUAGAAAUUAAAUUAGUUUUGUAAGUUUCCUUUGUUAAUAGAAAUUUCCCUUGUUUGGUUUGUAGUCAAAAGCUAGAGAGUCCUGUAAAAUAUCAAUAAAUGAAUGUAUUAUGUAUUGUAUGCCAUGUAGCAUGUACUAUGGAAAAUUAACACAUAGGUACAUUUUGGUAA